AUGGGAUUUCUUAUCCUAUCAUCUUUCUUGGAUUACACCUGCAUCCCCCAAUCAAUAUCCGCAACAUCUCCUCCGUCAUUCCGCCACCAUCAAAUGGACGGCCUCGUCGUUAAUCCAACUAUCUCCCGCCUCAAGCUGCCUUAUAAACUCCACCCCACAACCCCGCCAUCUCUAUCCCUUUCUUUCUACCUCCGUCUUCAACCCCAAUAUCAUCCAUUCAAUCUAUCUGUCUCCACCGCUGCAUCCGUCCUCGAAGACCAACCACAAUCAGAAUCAGACCCAAUUCAGUUCACCAACUACGACGAAGAGGAAAGUUACGGAGAGGUUAAAAAAAUCAUCGGAAGCAGAGCACUUGAAAAUGGCGCCGGAAUGGAGUACCUAAUCGAAUGGGAAGACGAUCACGUGCCGACAUGGGUGCCGGGAAAUCUAAUCGCAGGUGACGUGGUCGCCGAGUACGAUAAUCCAUGGUGGGUCGCCGCAAAGAAAGCCGACGAUCGUGCGUUAAAGGAAAUUAUCGAGUCAGAAGACGGCAGAGAUGUGGACGCCGUAGAUGGCGACGGCAGGACAGCUCUACUCUUUGUCGCCGGUCUAGGGUCUGAAUCAUGCGUCAGAACGUUACUGGAGGCUGGCGCCGAUGUAAACCACCGUGAUAACGGCGGAGGAUUGACUGCCUUACACAUGGCGGCGGGAUACGUCCGGCCGGGAGUGGCGAAGCUGUUGGUGGAGUUUGGGGCGGAUCCGGAGGCGGGAGAUGACAAGGGACGGACACCGUUAGAUUUGGCGCGUGAGGUUUUAAAGGCAACACCUAAGGGGAACCCAGUGCAAUUUGCUAGAAGAUUAGGGUUAGAAAGUGUAAUUAGGAUUUUAGAGGGGGCAAUAUUUGAAUACGCGGAAGUUGAGGAGAUUUUAGAGAAAAGAGGGAAAGGUAAUAACGUUGAGUACUUGGUGAAAUGGAAAGAUGGUGAAGAUAAUGAGUGGAUUAAAGCUGCAUUGAUCGCCGAUGACUUGGUUAAAGAUUUUGAAGAUGGAUUGGAAUACGCAGUGGCGGAGCUUGUGGUGGGAAAGAGGGAUUCCGGCGAGGAAGGGAAAAAGGAGUAUUUAGUAAAAUGGGCUGACUUUGAAGAAGCAACAUGGGAACCAGAAGAAAAUGUUGAUCCCGAGUUGAUAAAGGAAUUUGAGAGUGGGAAUGGGAAUGGGAAUGGGGGAGUUUGA